CCAUUUAUUUGCAUUCAUUUCUUUCGUUCAUGUCCAUUGUUUAUAUUUACACCUGUUAUCUUGUGCAUGUUUGACAAACUAAUAGAUACGAAUACUAUAGGCUGGCACGUAGAAGCCCCGCUCCAUCUUGACCACAUAAGAAAUGGCGACUGCUUUUGCUGUCCGCAGAUCCAGAGCCAUGUCAGCAUGAUGCACGCCCACUUAUUUGGGGCCUACUUUGGCUUAAUGGUCUCCUGGACGCUCUACCACUCCUCACUGAGUCGGAAAGCUGAGAAGGAAAGAUCCAGGCCCGUCUCGGAUAUGUUUGCGGUGCUGGGUACCCUCUUUCUCUGGAUCUUCUGGCCCAGCUUCAACUCUGCUCUGAUCAUGGAAGAAGACAAAAAAUGGACCGCCAUCUACAACACCUACUUUGUCAUGGCUACAAGCACCAUUGCUGCUUUUUCUUUCUCAAUUGCAACCAGCAAAAAUGGAAAACUCAGCAUGGCUCACAUCCAGAAUGCUACGCUGGCAGGUGGGGUUGCCCUUGGCUUCUCCGCUUCCAACAUCCAACAGCCUUGGAUUGCAAUGGUUUUGGGUCUGGCAGCAGGCACAGUUUCUGUCCUUGGCAUGGCCUGUUUACAGAAACGCUUGGAUCCAGCACUCAAAAUCCAUGAUACUUCUGGAGUUCUUUACACUUUCGGCUUGCCCAGUUUGCUUGGAGGGAUAAUCCAUGUUAUUCUCAUCCUAACAAACCAUAGCCAGAACCUCUCAGUACUUGGUUAUUCAGCUUUAAUUGAAGUUGGUGCACUCAGCUUGAGCCUAUGCCUCAGUCUAUUCAGUGGUCUACUUACAGGUCUCACUUUAACUUGCAAAUUAUGGAAAACACCUCCUGUCACAAAGUACUUCGAUGAUCAAGUUUAUUGGGAGUUCCCCCACUUAGCUGUUGGAUUCUGAACACCAUCUUCAAGAGGGCAGCAAGUCACACAGCUAAGAGACUUUCUCUCUGAUGCCACAAGAAUGCAUGAAAAAGAGACUUAGUUGCUUUAUUAAAUUUGCCAGAAUAUUUGGUAAGCAUUUAGUAUAAAAUACUUGCUUGUAAGGCUAAAAUGAAUGCCAAGUGUUUCUUUUAAAAAUGUUUCUUUAUAUUCUAGGGUCUUUUAAACACUUAAAAUAAUGUAAAAGUGGAAAGUGAAGAUUAAAUAUUAUGUGUGAAACUGAGUCCAGUCAUAUCAUUCUCACUGUGUUUAUACAGUGUUUUUCACAGUCAUGGAGUUCAUGUAUUACUCUAAGCCAGUGAUGGCAAACCUUUUUGGCACUGAGUGCUCACACUGGAGCACAUGUGCAUGUACUGAAGUCAUGAAAACCUGAAGACCAGUUGGCCUCUGUGCAUACAUAUGCCAGCCACCCAGUUUUCUGGUUUCUGGCCAGCUGGUCUUUGUAGAAACCAAAAGACCAGGUGUCUAGCGUGCAUAUUUGCACUGAGCAGCUGGUCUUUGGGUUUCCGGUGCUUGGGCAUGUGCGAAGAUCAGCUGGCCAG